CAUUGGGUUUUCACGAUGCCGCCUAAGAAGGACGCAAAGUCGUCGGCCAAGCAGCCGCAAAAGACACAAAAGAAGAAGGAGGGCUCCGGUGGCGGCAAGGCUAAGAAGAAGAAGUGGUCCAAAGGCAAAGUCAGGGAUAAGCUGAACAAUCAAGUGCUGUUCGAUAAGGCCACCUACGAGAAAUUGUACAAGGAAGUGCCCGCCUACAAGCUGAUCACCCCCUCGGUUGUCUCUGAGCGCUUGAAGAUCCGCGGCUCUUUGGCCAAGCGUGCUCUGAUUGAGCUGCGCGAGAAGGGUCUGAUUAAGCAGGUCGUGCAACAUCAUUCCCAGGUCAUCUACACACGUGCCACCAAGGGUGAUGAGGCGUAAAUUUUUGUUUUACCGCACAUCUACAGAGUCGCACCUUCAUUUACAAUACUGCAAUUGAUUUGUAUGAAAAGUACCAAGGCUCUGCUGUGUGUAGUAGAAUGUUGAAUAAACUUGCUUUUUGAUGUAAGGAA